AUAAAUAAUUAUAAUAGCACUUGUUCCAUUCUCUAGCCAUUGGUAUGUACAUUUCGUUUUUGAUUUUGAUGUAUUGCUGUCCUUUUCUCUUAACCACCUCUCCGAUCUCCUUCGCUUCACAGCUCUCUCAUCUCCCCCAUUUCUUUCCAUUCAAGCGUUCUGUCAUUUCUCACUCAUUGAAUGCUAUAUUUCUAUCUAACUUUGCCUUCGUCCGCCAGCUAAGUAAGAUCUUUUUUCUUCUUCUUAAAACAAGAUUGUUGAAUUCUUUUCUUUUGGGAAUCUGGGUCUGUCUUUCUUGAGAUUUGGGAAACCCUUUUGUUUCAUUGGCCACUGAUGCGAAAUGGGUUGUUAUGUAGAUCAUAGCUUUCAGCUUGAAUUUUUUGAAAAAGCUGUAAUUUGAGUGUUAAAUAUGCAUAGAUGUGUUGGUUUCUCUGUACUUGAAUGAUUUACUUUGAUGUGUUGUGUUGCUCUACUAUGAAACUCUUAUACUUCUCUGAGCCGAAUGGGGAAUAUUGAUUGAACUGAUGGUGAAAAUUUUUUAAUCGUUAGUUUGGCAUAUACAUUGGAUCAAUUCUAUAAUGGGUUUGAAGUUGUUUAUAGAGAAAAGGGCUAUUGAAGAUCUUGAAGUUGUAAAGUUUUCAUUAUUUUUGGUUGGGAGUUUGUUGAAUGUUGGUGAGAUAAGAUGGUAAAAGGAAGAUGCCUAGUCUCAAAAAUUGUACUUUGAAUAUAUUGGCAUUAUGAAUUGAUUGAGAUGGUGAAUAAUUUUAGUAGGAGUACAUCAUUUAACCGAAGGGCGUUGAAUGCUGAAAGCGCGAGAGUUUUGAAUGUUUCAAGCCCCAAAGCUUUGAAUGUUCUAAGCACUAAACCUUUGUGUUUCACUAGUUCUAGAGUUUAUCAUAGGUUGGGCUGGGUCUCACGCUUGUUUCCUGUCCUUAUUCUCAUUGGGGCUUUGAUUUCUUUUAUUAUACUACUUCAUGGGGGUUAUAUAUAUGUUCUCCCUAGUCUGAGUCAAGCAUUUUAUGGACAUGGUGUGUUAAAAUUCAAUAAUUCAAGCAACGUUUGUGAUAUUUUUGAUGGAAGCUGGGUUAUAGAUGAUGAUUACCCAUUAUACAAUGCUUCAGACUGUCCAUUUGCAGAACAAGGAUUCAAUUGCUUGGGAAAUGGCCGGAAAGAUAGAGAUUAUCUCAAAUGGAGAUGGAAACCAAAAAAUUGUGAUAUUCCAAGGUUUAAUGUUCACAAUGUUCUGGAAAUGCUCCGAGAUAAAAGGAUAGUUUUUGUUGGAGAUUCUAUGAGUAGAACGCAGUGGGAAUCAUUGAUUUGCUUGCUUAUGACCGGAGUAGAAGAUAAGAAGAGUGUUUAUGAAGUUAAUGGCAAUAAGAUAACAAAACGGAUCAGAUUUCUAGGUGUUCGGUUUACUUCCUUCAAUUUUACCAUUGAGUUCUUUCGCUCGGUGUUCUUGGUGCAACAUGGUUGGAUGCCUAGACAUGCACCAAAGCGUGUUAGGUCAACCCUUAAGUUGGAUAAAUUGGAUGAUGUUAGCAAUGAGUGGAUUAAUGCAGAUGUUCUUAUAUUCAACACUGGACAAUGGUGGGUUCCAGGGAAGCUCUUUGAAACUGGUUGCUACUUCCAGGUUGGGAACUCAGUAAAGCUUGGAAUGUCAAUUCCUGCUGCAUUCAAAAUGGCAUUAGGUACUUGGGCAUCAUGGGUUGAGAACACGAUUGACACAAACAGAACACUUGUCUUUUUCAGAACAUUUGAGCCAUCACACUGGAGUGAAAAAUCCCGUAGGUUUUGCAAUGUGACCCAGAACCCAUUGUUAGAAACUGAAGGGAGGGAUCGAAGCAUUUUUUCAGAGACUAUAUUUGAGGUGAUAAAGAAUAUGACUGUUCCUAUAACCGUUCUGCAAGUAACUUCCAUGUCAGCUUUCCGAAGAGAUGCACAUGUGGGUGGGUGGAGUGACAAUCCAAUGGUACCUGAUUGUAGCCAUUGGUGUCUUCCUGGCUUACCUGACAUCUGGAAUGAAAUUUUCCUCUCGUACCUGCUUGCUGAUUAUGGACUUCCUGCAGUGAAUGGAAAGCAGUGUGAGUUCAUUCUCUUUCUGAUUUCACUUCUUUCCGCUUCUUUCAUUUGUAAUUUAUUCAGUGCUCAGUUUUAUAUGUAUGUUCCAACCAGAUUGCAAACACUUAAGAGGCUUGAUGACUUGAUCAUAAUUAAUAGCUUGCUUGUGUUAAUUUAUUACUAUAUGCUAUGUUACUUGGGUUCUGGUAAGUAUAAAAUAUGGAUGUAUAUCUUAUAUGAGUAUGGUUGGAUUUUUUAAGGUUUUCCAUGUAUUUGGAGGUCACAUUGUCAUAUGUUUGCCUGACACACUAGCGUAGGACAAGUGGACUUAAAGAAAAAUGAAGAGUCAAGGCAACAUAGGCUAUAUGUUUUUCAAGAUUUUUAUUUGUUGUCCUUGCUCCUGAAAAUCAUUCCAUCUCUACAAGCAGAGUUAGGAAAGAAAUGCUUUAUGUUCUUAGAUGGUAUCCAUAACAUGAACAGAUUCUCUCGGUGAUUGAUUAGAGAUGUCGAAUCAGUAGCCGUCUUGGGUUUGGUUUGGAUUACUUUAGGUUGGGUUAUUUUGGGUCUAAUGGACGUUAGUUCAUAUUUUGGUUCUUGUAAUUUUUUAUUCUAGUCAUUUAGGCUUGACCCUCAAUUUUUAUUGGAAUUGGAUCAUUCUUAAGUCAUUGACUUUUAAAGUCAAACCAAAUUGGAUCUUGAAUGAAUUGAGUAGACAAAGUCAGAUUUUAUCAAUAGUAAGUAAGUUGUUCCAUUUUGAAUGAAUUUUUGUUCCAUUUUGAAUGAAUUGAGUAGACAAAGCCAGAUUUUAUCAAUUGUAAUUAAGUUGUUCCAUUUUGAAUGAAUUGAGUAGACAAAGUGAGAUUUUAUCAGAACAUAGGUAACAUAGCAAAUGUUGGGAUAUGAGCCCAAACUAGUUGAUUGUAUUUUUUAAGAGUAGUUUCAUAAUUAGGAAAAAUAAAAAGAAUUAUAAUAUAAAAUUGUGUAAACCGAACUUAAUUUAUAAUAAUAUUUUUUAAUGUUUUAUAUAAUUAAAAGGAUACUUGUGAUUAAGAAAGAUGAUCUUCAAAGGUUUAUAUGUUUUAUAUUAGCUAGUUUGGAGUAAUUUUGGUUUGGAUCAUUUUCGUUUCCAGUUUAUUUAGGUUUGAAUUAUUUUGGAUUUAAUUGUUUUUUAGUUGAAAUCAUUUAGGUUUGAGUUGAUCUAACGCUAGUGUUUUUUUUUUUUCUCUGCUCUUAUGAAAUUGAUUCUAAUUCGGGUUUGAACAAAUUAGGUGAGUUUUGGGUAUUUAGAUCAGCUUUGAUAGCUAUAUGAUUGAUGCAGAUUGGAUGACCCAUGAUUGAACCCUCUUCUGCAUGCACCUUCUUCGCUGAAACACGAAAUGAACAUGGAUUGAAGUUUCUUGGCUCACAUCAAGCAACCAGUAUGACAAAGCACUCAAUUUUUAUUUUUGAUUUUUACAGAGAAGAUGUAGAGUAACACGUAUAAAGCAAUUUGUGAGAGAAGCUUAUAUUUUUUUGGUGUUUGUUUGUUUUUCAUUCAUUGUUGCCUUUUCCUUAAACCAAUCCCCCGCCCCCGCCCCUUCCCCCGGUUUUUGUUCUUUUACAUUUACAAGGUGAAGGUGAGAAAACAGCCAAAAUUGGGUAUUCGGAUGUAACAAGUUUGUCCCUUUUUUGUCUGUUCAGAUGUCAAAAUUUUGAUGAUUCACACAUAAAAUAGAUAUAAUCUUGCUGUUGUACUUGUCAUUGGUGUCCUUUUAAGACAUCCUGUUGAAGUUGAGCUCAUCAUAUAUUUAAACAUUUAAAUUUUUUGUUUAA